ACAUAUUAAAUUUACCUAUAGUAAUUAUGUUUUCCAUUUCAAUGUGUCAUAUCAUAUUUUUUUCGACAUUUUAAGAUGAUAUAUUUUUAUAGAAAUAUCUAAUAUACCACUACUGUCAAUAAAUUAUCAUCUAUUUUCCACUCCACUUCCUGAACAGUGUUGUUUAUCAACAUUUUUGGAAAAAUAAAUCGGCGAGUUAUCCGCAAGAUACGACGUAGCGCUAUCGUCAAUAAUAUCUUAACAAUAUCGCCCGUCACCAGAUGUCGUGAAGUUGUGUAAAAACACGUAGUCCACCGUGCACCAUGUGGCAUCGUCUGCUGCACUAAAUAAACCGUGACCUCGGUCGUUCGUCGAUCGCCGCACAUUCGUGUGUUUUUGUUCAUACGGUACUCUAGAUAAGUGGGCACAUAAUAUUAUAUCAAAAUGUCGGAAAAUGGCGAUGACAGUUCGGACUUCGACGUGGCAAUGGGCGCAGAAUUUUCAGACGAGUCAGAUCGCUCAGAUUAUGGUCGUCAAGACAUGUAUUCGGAUUACAAUAGAUUAUUUUUCAGACCAAUAAUGUAUUGUGUCCCUCCUGAAAUGCGACCAUAUGUACAGAAGCUCUCCGCAGAUUCCGCUCGCAUAUUCAAAGACAAAGAAGUAGUUAUAAGAAGAGUUCCACACCAUCCUACAUUCCAGGAACAAACGGAAACCUGUAUGGAUUAUAGAUGUAAUAAAUUGACAUCCAUAAAAUGCAGCACAUGUCAUGUUUUUGUAUGUAUAGAAUGUUUUGAUAACUUUCAUGACAUUGAUAAUUGA